GGCAGAGCUUUACGUGAAGAGUAUUGAAUACUAUAUGACUCUUAAAUGCUAAAAGCAGGAGGCCCCUAGCUGCUAGCUCAACGUGGAGCAAAAACUUUUAUUUUAAACUUCAAAAAUAAUUAUGUCAAAGAAAAAUCGUGCCAAGGGGGAGAAGUGCGACAUGGAGAUUGAAGCACUACAAGCUGCUAACGAAGAACUGCGGACUAAACUAACCAACAUCCAGAUAGAAUUUCAGCAAGAGAAAAGCAAGGUGGGCAAACUGAGGGAGAAGAUCCAAGAGGUGAAGCAGGAGCGGGAGCAGGAGCAGCACAAGCACACGGCCUACGUGUCCGAGCUGAAGGCCAAGCUCCACGAGGAGAAGAUGAAGGAGCUCCAGAGCGUCCGAGAGCUCCUCAUCCGGCAACACGAGCAGGAGGUUGCGCGGAUGGCCAAAAUCAAGGACGGUGAAAUCCAGCGCUUGCAGUCAACAGUGAACGUCCUGCGGGACGGGGCGGCCGACAAGGUGAAGACGGCGCUGCUGAGCGAGGCCAAGGAGGAGGCCCGCAAGGCCUUCGAUGGCGAGCGCCUCAAGCUGCAGCAGGAGGUCUUGGAGCUGAAGUCUGGCAAAAAGCAGCUCGAGGAGGCCUUGAACAACAUUAUGCAGGCAGAUAAAAUGAAGGCCGCCGACCUGCGCUCUGCCUAUCAGUCCCAUCAGGAGGAGAUCAACAGAAUAAAGCGGGAAUGCGAGAGGGAGUUCCGCAGGCUGAUGGAUGAGAUCAAAGGCAAAGACAGAGUAAUUCUGGCUCUGGAAAAAGACCUCGGUGUCCAAGCAGGCCACACGCAAAAGCUGCUGCUCCAGAAAGAGGCCUUGGACGAGCAGCUGGUGCAGGUGAAGGAGGCAGAGCGGUACCACAGCAGCCCCAAGAGGGAGCUGCCCGCCGGCCUGGGGGACAUCUCCGAGCUCAUGGGCAGCCCGGAGCAGCAUUUGGAUGAACGAGAUAUGCGGAGAUUUCAGUUAAAAAUCGCUGAAUUGAAUGCUGUAAUAAGGAAGCUGGAAGACAGAAAUACUCUUUUAGCAGAUGAAAGAAAUGAGCUGCUCAAACGUUCACGGGAGACAGAAAGUCAGCUGAAGCCUUUGGUAGAAAAAAAUAAGAGGAUGAGCAAAAAAAAUGAAGAUAUGUUGCAAUGCAUCCAGAGAAUGGAAGAAAAAAUAAAAAAUCUGUCAAGGGAAAAUGUAGAAUUGAAAGAGAAGUUAUCUGCACAGCCAUUGUUGAAGAGGCACACGUCUUUGAAUGAUCUGAGCAGCACACGGGAAGAGCAAGAAAUUGAAUUCCUCAGACUGCAAGUCAAGGAACAGCAGCAUGUUAUUGAUGAUCUCACAGUGGAAAGGGAACGGUUGAUACGAUCUAAAAAGCAGAGGAGGAAAAGCCUCAAACCUCCAAAGAGGCAUGUUGUGGAAACAUUUUUUGGAUUUGAUGAAGAGUCCCUUGAUUCAGAAACAUCAUCUGUAACGUCGUAUAAUACAGAUAAAACAGAUAGGACACCAGCAACACCAGAAGAAGAUCUGGAUGAUAGCACACCUAAAGAAGAAGCUGAACUAAGGUUUUGUCAGCUAACAAGAGAGUAUCAAGCUUUGCAAAGAGCGUAUGCGUUGCUUCAAGAGCAAGUUGGUGGAACCCUGGAUGCGGAGAGAGAAGCAAGGACUCGUGAACAACUGCAAGCUGAUCUCCUCAGGUGCCAGGCAAAAAUUGAGGACCUGGAGAAAGCUCUAAUAGAGAAGGGGCAGGAUUCGAAAUGGGUAGAAGAAAAACAACUGCUUAUCAGAACAAAUCAGGAGUUGCUAGAGAAGAUUUACAAAAUGGAACAAGAGGAGAAUCAGCUGAAGAACGAGAUGCAGGAUGCAAAAGACCAGAAUGAGCUGUUAGAAUUCAGAGUGCUAGAGCUUGAAGAGAGAGAACGAAGGUCACCGGCAUUUAAUCUUCAUAUAACCACCUUUCCUGAAAGCCACGGGAGCGCGCUGCAACUCUUCUGCCAGCAGGAAGGAAUAAAGGAUGUGAAUAUAUCUGAACUUAUGAAGAAGCUAGAUAUUCUUGGAGAUAACGGGAAUUUGAGAAACGAAGAACAGGUUGCAAUAAUCCAGGCUGGGACUGUACUUUCUCUCUGUGAAAAGUGGUUAAAACAGAUAGAGGGGACAGAAGCUGCACUGACACAGAAGAUGUUAGACCUAGAGAAUGAAAAGGACCUGUUCAGUAAACAGAAGGGUUAUUUAGAGGAAGAACUCGACUACAGGAAGCAAGCUCUGGACCAAGCUUACAUGAAAAUCCAGGAGCUGGAGGCCACGCUGUACAACGCGCUGCAGCAGGAGCCGGGCCGGCGCGUGAGCGAGUCGCUGACGGAGGCGCAGCGGGAGGACCUGCGGGCCGCCGUGGACAAGCUGCGGCGGCAGAUCCUGCGGCAGAGCCGCGAGUUCGACAGCCAGAUCCUGCACGAGCGGAUGGAGCUGCUGCAGCAGGCCCAGCACCGGAUUCGAGAACUAGAAGAUAAAAUAGAACUUCAAAGGCGGCAACUCAAAGAAAUUGAGGAAAAGCAUUCAUUCUGUGGCCUUGAUGAUGCAACUGAGCCAAGAAGUGUGGAUAUUAAAAGAGCCUGUGGAGUGAACAGCUGAGUCCACGUGCAAAAAUAGAAAAUAUUUAUUUGAGCAGCUUUAA